AUGGAGAUGGAAUCGUUGUAUGCUGAGUUUCACGAACGUGAAUGGCGCUCGAAAAAUGUGUUGAUUUAUGGUAUAGAGGAAGAUACAACCUUGAAAACAAAAGAGCGGCUUAUCGCCAAUAAACAGAUUGUGACGUCCAUCACAGAAAUCACCGGUGAAGAUUGUGUUGUGUCAACAAUGCGCUUAGGUGAAAACCACCAGACCAAAGAUUCGUCUGUUUCAACGAAUGCCAAUAAACCGAGACCAAUAGAAGUUGUAUUGCAUAAUGCUGAUGCUGUGAUCAAAGUACAGAAGAACAAACACAAAUACAAAGCCGAAGGGAAAAUUGGAGCUGAUUGUUCAAUGAAGCAGAGGGAAUAUUUGAGAAAUCUGAUAUCCCAAAUAAAUACAGAAACAGAUAAAGGUGUCAAUAAAAACAAAAGUAUAAAGUACAUCAAUGGAGUCCCAAAAAUUGUUGAUAACAAGAGAAACGACAACUCAAAUGAUAAUGCGACAGUACAGGAAAACUGA